GUUCCAGGAUGAUAAUAAAACAAAGCUACGAAAUUUCUUCAUUGGUGUGAAAUUUUCUUGAAUCCUGAAAAUCAACUUUCCAACCACUUUUUGGGAAAGUGACAGAAGAUGAUUACAAAUUCUUAAAGAUUGUUACGAGGAGGAAUGUCCGUUUGCAUGAUACCGAGUGAUGUAAGUCAUGAAGAAGCCGUGGAAUGGAUUGCGUUCGGUUUAGAACAGUUGGUAAAUUUGUCCAAUGAAAUAUUCGAACGUUUAUCGGAUAGGAUAAAAAAUUUUAGUGAGCAUGCUGAUCGAAUACAGUUGGAUCUGGGACGAGUUACCAAAAAAAUCGAGCAAGUCCGAGAGAUGAACACUGCAGUCGUAAUUAGUGCCCCUGGCAAAUUUAUAAAAACUGGAAAUGAAUGUCAACGGAGUGUUUUGAACAGAGGAUUACGUACACAUGUGAAUGCUUUGAAGAAGGUUAACACGAAGCAUAGAUAUAAUUUAAGCGAGUCAAAAGAUGUUGCAGCAGUUUUGAAUGAAAAACGAACAUUUUAUCGGUUCACAGAACAAGGAAUGAAACCAAACAGACAGACCAGACAGAUUCCUGACAAUUUACAGUCAGCUGCCGAUUUGUUGCUGUUUAAUACUACUCUAAAUGUCUAUGCUGACGAUCAGUUCAUGGAUCCUUUCGAUAAUGUGAAAAUUGAAUUGCAUACGGAAUCGGAAUUCAAAGUGCAACAAUUUACACCGAUGGCUGACGAUUCAACCUUAGCUGUUAGCGUGAAGCAGAAAGCAGAUCCACUGGAAUAUCAACCAGAAUUCGGUUCAAUUCAAAAUUUCACUCUUCCAGAAGUGUUAUUCGCUUCAACAAGUCUUCCUGCUGACUUACAUGGUGUUCGGAAGUCCUUAGAAAGGGAUAUAUCAAGUGCUGCUGGAUCGCAAGAUAUGCUAACCAUGGAAAAGGAUAUCAAUGAGAAAGGAACGUUGGCCAAACCGAAAUUGACCAUGACAGAAGAAACAAACGAAGCAUCGUCUGAGGCAACACAAGAACAAAUAACAAGUUCGGCUGCUCCCAAGAAUGAAGCGUUAGAAAUUGUGAAUUCUGCCACAUCAAAUAGCGAAAAAAAAUCAUCACCACCUCCUCCACCACCACCACCACCACCACCACCACCACCACCACUACCAUCGACUCAGCUUGCAACACAAACCGCAAUCAGCAGUCAGUCGAAGACGAUAACUGCAGUUAAUGAUGAUAGAGCUAAUUUAAUGGAUGCUAUACGAAGGGCUGGAGGUGCCAAGGGUGCGAAACUGCGAUCAGUAAGAAAGCGGGAAGAAGUGCUUGCUGAGAAUGCAUCGGUCCUUCCCAAAAGAAAUGUGCUUGCUAAUCCAUCGAGUGACGAUUUAAUGUCUUCGUUAGCGAAAGCCUUGGAGCAGAGACGUAAAGGAAUAUUUGGAAAAAAACCAGGGCAUCGAGAAUCAGUAAAAUCUUUAGGAUUAAAUGAAGGAGCAUUUGCACAUAUGAGCGCCCGAAUACCGCCACCACCGCCUAAAGAAGAUAGUGAUGAAUAUGAUAAUGUUGAUAAAACCGAUGAUUAUGAGUGGGAAUGAUAAAGUGUAUCAUAUCUCAAAUUCUAAGCAGCUAGUGUAAUUAUUUUCUGAUAGGUUGGCAGCAGCAUAGCUGGACCGCCGAUAUUGCUGUUAUGUAAUCCGCGAUGUUGUUUCCACAGAAGUCUCUAAAACUGCUUGUUUUUCCCGUGUUCGAAGGACUAAGUUUAUUAUGUUGAAAGUUUUUUACUCCGUCUUAUUUUUGUACUUACUGAA